GCCCCAUGUGCUCUGGCUCCGUUAUAUUGCAGCAAAGCAGAGCAGACAUCCUGACGGAACGGGCGACCGGUGCAAACCUGCCAAGCUGUGCUAAAGAAAAUCACAACCUCAUAGGACGGCCACGAUGAAGAGUUUUUUCUUCGCUCUCAUCAGCUUUGCUGCCAUCAGUUUCGUGCUUUCUAACGUCGUAACUGGGAUCUGUGAAAAUGAUCAGCAAUGCAGCAAAGGAAUGUGUUGUGCUGUCAGCAUGUGGCUUUUGGCUCUACGAAAAUGCGCACCAUUGGGUAGCGAAGGAGAUGACUGUCAUCCUAUGAGUCACAAGGUACCAUACUUGGGUAACCGGAAGCACAAUACCUGCCCUUGUCAGCCGGGUCUACGCUGUGUGAAAUUUGCAGACAACCAUUGCAAAUGUGCACCAUAGUUGAAAAUUGAAGAAAUAUUCUUUCGGGGGAAAUUAUCUUUAUUAGCCAGAUUUGCAUAAACUAACCUACUUGCCAACAGCCAAUAUAUAAGAAAUACAAAUUGUGUAUCUUUAUCACAUUCAUUCGCAAGAUAUUAGAGUCAUCAAAACACAGUGCGGAACAUGGCUCUACGGUGAUUAUACCCAUGCCAACCUUUUUGUCUUUCUACACUUAUCCUAUUUUCCCACAUUAGGAAUGGAUCAUCUAUGUUUCAAGU